CCGAAACGAGUCGGGCAGAGCCCCAGCCAAGUAGGUGAGCGAGGACCGGAGCGUAGGUGGCACAAAGCUGAGGCCAGGAGGGCUGCCGGCACGUCGGAGCAGCUUCCAUGAACACCGGCGUCCAGCAACUCCAGGAAUCGGCAGCUGAAGUCCUGAGGCACCUGUCCUGAGGUCGCAGAGCCACGGAGGACCAGGCUGAGCCAGGAGACAAGGCUGCCAUUCCCCUGAGCAGCGUCAGUAUGCCUCUGGGCGCAAGGAGUGUGCAGUGCCCAUUGGAGGAGGCCCAGGAGGAGGCGAGAGAAGGCCAGGGCCUGGAGGGGGCCCAGCCCUCGCCCCAGGCUGGGCCAGCCACCCUGGAAAGUGAGUCACAUGCCCAUAGCUCCAGCAGCCAUGGGGACGAGGCCGCAGGGGAUGCCAGGGCCUCUCUCCAAGAUGCGCUGCACAGGAAGAAUCUGCAGCUGGUGGCCUUCCUGCUCCUCAAGUACCGCGCCAAGGAGCUGACCACGAAGGCAGAGAUGCUGGAGCUGGUUGCCCAGGAUCACCAGGACCCCUUCCCUGUGACCUUCAGCCAAGCCUCCAAGGAUUUGCAGCUGGUCUUUGGCAUGGAUGUGACGGAAGUGGACCCCAGUGGCCACUCCUAUGUCCUGGUCCCCACCCUGGGCCUCACCUGGGAUGGGGUGAAUGAAGAGCAGCGCCUGCCCAAGACUGGCCUCCUGGCGCUGUUCCUGGGCGUGGUCCUCCUGUGGGGAGGCCGGGUCCCUGAGGAGGAAGCCUGGCAGUUGCUGAGUGCUGGGAAGGUGUACCCUGGGAGGGAGCACCUCGUCUAUGGGCAGCCCAGGGAGUUCAUCACCGGGGUCUGGGUGCAGUACCUGGAGUACAGGCAGGUGCCCGACAGCGAUCCCGCUCGCUUCGACCUGCUCUGGGGCCCCAGGGCCCACGCAGAGGCUAGCAAGGUGCAGGUCCAGCAGUUUUUGCUCAGGCUCCUAAGCAGGCCCAGGGCCACGUGGGCUAGAGCCUCUGGGCUCCUGUUCUUCCCGACCCCAUGGAAGUGGGUCUUUGUUUCCUCUGGCACGUCUUCCUGUUGCUCCUUUUCAUAGAAAGGGGGAUUAGCUUCAGCAUCUGUUUCUGAAUGACAACCACCCCCCAUGUGUGCGUUCUUGAGCCAUUUCACCAGUCAGUGCUACGUUGCUGUUUUGUAGACACAUGGGGACACCUUCCAUCUGCGUUUGUGAUCCGCAGCCAGGUCACAUGGCACCGGCCUCACCAGUCCCUCAGAAAUGUGAUGGAAACUAGCAGUAAAAUGGAUGGUGCCCAGAAAUGGAGAAAUAAAAGUAUAGUUGGUUAAUUCUUGCUCCUGAUUCCUUCUGGUGUGUCAUUUUACAGAACUAAAAUACAUACACAUACCUGAACGUGCUUCCUGUAUUCAAGAAAUGAGGAGAAAUGUAAGGCCGGUAGCUAAGACCCCUGCUCCCUGGCUCAGGAUUCCCAGGCGCUCCCUGGGCCUCUGCUCACUUGCAGACCCUGUGUUAGCAGUGGGGUAAGGACACCCCAGAACCCUGACUGAGCAAGACUCCGUGACCCCUCUGUCACCCACCCUGCAAAACCAACCGCAGGGCCACUUCUGGGGCCCGGGGGGAGGGGGCCCAGCAAGGGGGCUGUUCCUGUGGGCACCCAGGGCACCAGGACAGAGGGCCCGAAAGAGGGGG